ACGAUAGAGUCGCACACCCCCCGAGGGCAGACAGGCCCGCUCCGAGUCCCGUCCUCCCUGUGGUUUGAGCCCUCCUUCCUUCCGGCGAGGGCCAGGCUAUCGCGCACGCGCAGGAAGUCCCUCCUUCUUUGCGUCCCGGCCCGGCAGGAAGAUGGCUAAGCGCACCAAGAAAGUUGGGAUUGUGGGUAAAUAUGGUACCCGUUAUGGUGCAUCCCUCAGGAAAAUGGUAAAGAAAAUUGAAAUUAGCCAGCAUGCCAAGUAUACCUGCUCCUUCUGUGGCAAGACCAAAAUGAAGAGGAAAGCUGUAGGUAUCUGGCAUUGUGGAUCCUGUAUGAAGACAGUAGCUGGUGGUGCCUGGACCUAUAACACUACCUCUGCAGUGACAGUCAAAUCUGCCAUCAGAAGACUGAAGGAAUUGAAAGACCAGUAGAAGCUUCUGCCUGUUACCAUGGUUCAUACCUUCCUUCUCCAGUGUCUGAAAAUCUGUACCAUUCCUUUGUCAAUAAAAAGGGUGUAGUGGAA